AUGAUGAGAAUGCGUCAAUGGAAAUCGACGUUACGUGUUGAGAGUUCAAUUCAAGCGAUGCCAGACGUCUGUGUGGAAGGACGUGAACCUCCGCCGCCCAUACAACAUGUAUCUGUGGAUGAUUCGAUGGACGAAGAACGUUCACCGUUGGAAGCCGCUGAGACGAUGUUUGCCAAAAUGCCGACGGCUUCUGUCGUCGCUGCCACGGCGGCCACUACUGUGGCGCCAUCCCCGAAAGUUGGCAAUCGACCGCAAACGUUGGACGUUUCGACGCAUAGGGAACGUACUACGAGUGAGAAG